CCUUAAGUUCAAGGCUAGUUGCCAAAAAAGUGAGCAGGCUAUUAUGUUGUCGGCAUUCUGAUUCUCUUUACAAUUUUUACACUAAGGCAAUUCUCAGUUCCUCCGCCUUUCACGCGCCACCGGAGUUCAAAAUGCCGGCACGGCGGCGCCACCUUCUCCUCCUCCUCCUCUUCACCCUCUCCCUGCCGCCGCUCCUCGUCCGCUCCCACUACUUCCCCUCCACCCCCUCCGCCGCCUCCAACUCCGACUGGAAAUCCGCCCGCGCCACCUACUACGCCGCCACGGAGCCAAUCGACGCCGUCGGCGGCGCGUGCGGCUACGGCGACCUCGAGAAGAGCGGUUACGGCAAGGCCACGGCGGGUCUGAGCACCGUCCUCUUCGAGCGCGGCCAGAUCUGCGGCGCCUGCUUCGAAAUCCGGUGCGUGGAGGAUCUCCGGUGGUGCAUCCCCGGUACCUCCAUUAUCGUCACCGCCACCAACUUCUGCGCCCCCAACUACGGCUUCGACGCCGACGGCGGCGGCCGCUGCAAUCCGCCGAACUCGCACUUCGUCCUCCCCAUCCAGGCCUUCGAGAAAAUCGCCAUCUGGAAGGCGGCGAACAUGCCGGUCCAGUACCGCCGGAUCCGCUGCCGGAAGGAGGGAGGAAUCCGGUUCACGCUCGGCGGCGCCGGAAUAUUCCUGUCGGUGCUCAUCAGUAACGUCGCCGGCGCCGGAGACGUCACCGCCGUUAAAAUUAAAGGCUCUCGGACCGGUUGGCUGCCGAUGGGGCGGAAUUGGGGACAGAAUUGGCAUAUAAACGCCGAUUUGAAGAAUCAGCCGCUGUCGUUCGAGCUCACCGCCAGCGACGGCGGAACCCUAAUUUCGUACGGCGCCGCCCCCAAAAAUUGGGCGUUCGGGCAAACGUUUGAAGGCAAACAGUUCGAUUUGUAAGUGGUAAAUUAAUUACCAUUUUCUAAUUUUUUGAGUGUAAUUUUCCACUUAAUUUCUGGAAAUUUCUACUACUGCCUUUGCAAUAUUUAAUUCAUUUUUAUACAUAAUACAUCAUAGUCAAAAUUAUGUUAGUAUUUUUUUAUUUUUUAUUUAUGAUCUAAACAUUCUAUUCAUCUAUAAUAUCCCAUAAUUAUAGUUUUA